ACCGCCGCCGAGUCGCGCCUCCUGCUCUUUGUGCGUAAUGAGCUACCCGGGCGCAUCGCGGUGCAGGAUGACCUGGACAACACCGAGCUCCCCUUCUUCACCCUGGAGAUGUCUGGAACUGCGGCGGACAUUUCCCUGGUGCACUGGAGACAGCAGUGGCUGGAGAAUGGCACGCUGUACUUUCAUGUCUCCAUGAGCAGCUCUGGGCAGCUGGCCCGGGCCACAGCACCCACACUCCAGGAGCCUUCGGAGAUUGUGGAGGAGCAGAUGCACAUCCUCCACAUUUCUGUGAUGGGUGGCCUCAUCGCGCUGCUGCUGCUGUUGCUGGUAUUCACCGUGGCGUUGUACGCACAGCGGCGCUGGCAGAAGCGACGCCGCAUCCCUCAGAAGAGCGCUAGCACCGAAGCCACUCAUGAGAUCCACUACAUCCCAUCAGUGCUGCUGGGUACCCAGGCCCGGGAGAGCUUCCGCUCCUCCCGGCUUCAGGCGCACAACUCGGUCAUCGGCGUGCCCAUCCGGGAGACCCCCAUCCUGGAUGACUAUGACUACGAGGAGGAGGAAGACCCACCCAGGCGGGCCAACCACGUCUCCCGUGAAGACGAGUUUGGCAGCCGGGUGACCCAUGCCCUGGACAGCUUGGGACGGCCAGGAGAAGAAAAAGCAGAUUUGGAAAAGAAAGCAGCAGCUGAGGCGACACAGGAGACAGUGGAGUCCCUGAUGCAGAAGUUCAAGGAGAGUUUCCGCUCUAACACGCCCAUCGAGAUCGGUCAGCUGCAGUCAGCCUCUCGCAGCACCUCAGCAGGGAAGAGGAAGAGGAGGAACAAGCCUCGAGGGGGAAUCAGCUUUGGGAGAACCAAGGGGACCUCCGGCUCAGAGGCAGACGACGAAACUCAGCUGACAUUCUACACAGAGCAGUACCGCAGUCGCCGCCGCAGCAAAGGUUUACUGAAAAGCCCAGUGAACAAGACAGCCCUGACAUUGAUUGCUGUGAGCUCCUGCAUCUUGGCCAUGGUGUGUGGCAACCAGAUGUCCUGUCCACUUACUGUGAAGGUGACUCUGCAUGUGCCUGAACACUUCAUUGCAGAUGGGAGCAGCUUUGUGGUGAGUGAAGGAAGCUACCUGGACAUCUCUGAUUGGUUAAACCCGGCCAAGCUGUCCUUGUACUACCAGAUCAAUGCCACCUCCCCAUGGGUGAGAGAUCUCUGUGGACAGAGGACAACAGAUGCCUGUGAGCAGCUCUGCGACCCAGAAACUGGAGAGUGCAGCUGUCACGAAGGCUAUUCGCCUGACCCUGUUCACAGACACCUAUGUGUACGCAAUGACUGGGGACACAGUGAGGGCCCUUGGCCUUACACAACGCUGGAGAGGGGCUAUGAUCUGGUGACAGGAGAGCAAGCCCCUGAAAAGAUUCUCAGGUCUACUUUCAGCUUGGGCCAAGGCCUCUGGCUUCCGGUCAGCAAAAGCUUUGUGGUUCCACCGGUGGAGCUGUCCAUCAACCCCCUGGCCAGUUGCAAGACUGAUGUGCUCGUCACGGAAGACCCUGCAGAUGUCAGGGAAGAAGCGAUGCUGUCCACAUACUUUGAAACCAUCAAUGACCUGCUGUCCUCAUUUGGACCAGUUCGUGACUGCUCACGGAAUAAUGGUGGCUGCACCCGCAACUUCAAGUGCGUGUCUGACCGCCAGGUGGACUCCUCAGGAUGUGUGUGCCCUGAGGAGCUGAGGCCCAUGAAGGAUGGCUCCGGUUGCUAUGACCACUCCAAGGGCAUCGACUGCUCUGAUGGCUUUAAUGGAGGCUGUGAGCAACUUUGCCUGCAGCAGACACUGCCUUUGCCCUAUGAUGCCUCCUCCAGCACUAUCUUCAUGUUCUGCGGCUGUGUGGAAGAAUACAAGUUGGCUCCUGAUGGGAAAUCCUGUCUAAUGGUCUCAGAUGUCUGUGAGGGCCCCAAGUGCCUCAAACCGGACUCCAAAUUCAAUGACACCCUUUUUGGAGAGAUGUUACAUGGUUACAACAACCGGACCCAGCAUGUGAAUCAAGGUCAAGUCUUCCAGAUGACCUUCAGGGAGAACAACUUCAUCAAGGACUUUCCUCAGCUCGCUGACGGGCUGCUGGUGAUCCCACUGCCAGUGGAGGAGCAAUGCCGGGGAGUCCUCUCUGAGCCCCUCCCAGACCUGGAGCUGCUCACUGGAGAUAUCAGGUAUGACGAGGCCAUGGGUUACCCCAUGGUACAGCAGUGGCGUGUCCGGAGCAACCUCUACCGUGUGAAGCUUAGCACCAUCACCCUUUCAGCAGGCUUCACAAACGUCCUCAAGAUCCUGACCAAAGACAGCAGUCGGGAUGAGCUGCUGUCCUUCAUCCAGCACUAUGGCUCCCACUACAUUGCAGAAGCCCUGUAUGGCUCUGAGCUCACCUGCAUCAUCCACUUCCCCAGCAAGAAAGUCCAACAGCAGCUGUGGCUCCAGUAUCAGAAAGAGACCACAGAGCUGGGCAGCAAGAAGGAGCUCAAGUCCAUGCCCUUCAUCACCUACCUCUCCGGUCUGCUGACAGCCCAGAUGCUGUCAGAUGACCAACUCAUCUCAGGUGUGGAGAUUCGCUGUGAGGAGAAGGGCCGCUGUCCCUCCACCUGCCACCUUUGCCGUCGGCCAGGCAAGGAGCAGCUGAGCCCGACGCCCGUGCUGCUGGAGAUUAACCGUGUGGUACCACUUUACACCCUCAUCCAAGACAAUGGCACAAAGGAGGCUUUCAAGAGUGCACUGAUGAGUUCUUACUGGUGUUCCGGGAAAGGGGAUGUGAUUGAUAACUGGUGCAGAUGUGACCUCAGUGCCUUCGAUGCCAGUGGGCUUCCCAACUGCAGUCCCCUUCCACAGCCGGUGUUACGGCUUUCUCCAACAGUGGAGCCUUCUAGCACUGUGGUCUCCCUGGAGUGGGUGGAUGUUCAGCCAGCCAUUGGGACCAAGGUCUCUGACUAUAUUCUGCAGCACAAGAAAGUGGAUGAAUACACAGACACUGACCUGUACACAGCUGCUAAGACUCCCAAAACUUUGGAGUAGAAGGAGCAUUGAAUCGUCUUUCCUUGACGCAUGGGUCAGAAAUGCUUUCUGAUACUGUACCCCACCUAGAAGAACAGACUUCUAGACAUCGAGGGACCUGAGAACUCCCAUCUACUCCCUGAACCAUGAAGAAACUCCAUGCGUACCAGAUCUCCAGCACGGUGAACCAACAGAGGAAGUCCUUCAUCGAGAACAGCACUCAGAAGGGAGGGAGACCUGGGAGGACUGUCAAAGAUGCUAGUGAGGCAAAGCUUAGGUUUGAGGCUUCACACAGGCAUGCUAGAGUCAGCUUGUCUGGCUUCUGAGGACAACAGUGCACUUCCCUGCCCGGUCUGCAUUCAGGAAAUCACAUUGGUAGUGUGAAUUGCCCAGGGUGGAGGUAAUUAUACCCUGGAAAUCAGCCAGUACUAUAAAUCAGCACCUUUUCUUCCCCCAGUGAGCCAGUUGUUAAACAUUACCAGCACUCAGCUGAACCCAUCUCACCAGUUGUUUGCAAGUCACGUGACUGCUCUGAGCCUCAGUUCCUUCCUAUGUACACUGAGAAUACUAUGGUACCUUGGGUCCUCUGGGAAGCAGAUUGUGAGGUAGGGUUACAGCAUCCAAGAAUUGUUGUGUGGAAAGACCUAUGUGAAAGAAGAGGUGUCUAACCUAUGCCAAAUGCUCUACUGAGUCCUGGAGAUGGAGUAAUGUUCAUGACUACCAUCCUUAAAUAUCUAGGUCCCUUCAGAGGAGAUUGUUAAGUGAAAAUGCCAUAUUCAGAAUAGUACACUAAGUAGAAGGUAGGAGGUGCUGCUUAGAACAACAAGCGAUUUAAUUAAUCCUCGAAUGAGCCAGCAUUAAGUGAAAUGGAAUUCUAGGCAGAAAAGCCAUCAAAAGCCUGGAGAUAUGAAGGGGCGGAAGACUCAAGGACUUGUGAGCGAUUAAACCUUGACUAAGCAUAAGACACAAAAGUGAAAUUAGUGGAAAAUGUCCAUGAAGCAAGCAUCAAGGUCAGUCAAGGCUAAGGAAUUAGAUAUGCUUGGUUAUUUUGUAGACCACAAAGAAGUGAGGAGUUGUUACUUCACAGAAAUUCAUGAUUUAGAAGAUCUGUGGCUACAGUUAGGAGAACAUACUGGAGGCAGGCAGUCAGAAGACACGGUUGGAGCCUCUUGGAAGGAGGAGGCGGGACCAGAGACUACCAGGAAGUCAUGUCAAUAAGGAAUAAAGUAGGGGAGCAGCCUGCAGCAGGUGACUGUUGAGUUUGGAAGAUCAGCAGAGUGGAGAAUAUAAAUUUGUCUAAGUAUCUAGCUUAUAUCAUUGCUUAUAUCCAGACAUGUCUGUAGACCUUCUAGAUAAGUUUUAGUUUUCAGAUUUCCAGUCAUAACUGAUUAGUGGUUGUGAAAUCAGUUUGCUAGAUUGCGGCCAUCAUUUAAAAACUCUCAAAAUAUAAUAUUAUAGAGUAUAUUCUAUAGCAAGGGUAAGGAUUGUUUCACAAAAUUUGAAUUUCAAUCAUAUGUAUACACAUCAGUGUACUACUAAAUUCAGUUGGAAAAUAUAUGAAUCAUAACCAAAAAUGUUUUCUAGAUCGUGAGCUCCAUUAGGACAGGGCUAUGUCUAGUAUAUCUUGAGCUCAUGGAAUUGCAGGUUGGAGGAAGCCUUUGGUUUUAGUGGGUGAAGAAAACUUGUGUCAUCAAAGCCCCCUUUCUUCUUCUUUGAGUUUGAAAACUAGUCAGGAAAAUGACUUUAACACAACCAGAUAGCUCUCAUAAUAUACCUGUCUAUACCAGUGUCAGUUCAGAAAAUGAGUGGAUCUAUGUUUGUAUCUGUGAAUGAGUAUUGAUUAUACAUUAAUAUAAUAGGGUUGUAUGCACAAGUGCAUGAAUGAAUAAUUAGGUGGAUGUUGACUAUAUGAAAACAGGUUGAAGAAGCACCAAAAAGGAAAGAAUAGGAGGGAACCCAGGGCGAGAAGAGUCUAGACUGUGAGACUGUACAGUCUUAAGCAAGGACUGACCCUAGGUAGGGGACAACAGACAGUUGGAAGUAAUCAUGUGGCCAGCACAGAGAUCAGCCAGAUUUGAAGUGAUGAUGGCCUUGCAGUAGACUUUGUUAUGCACCCAUUUAUUGGGUGAGCUAUUAACUGGCCCAUCAUGGGGAUUGCGAGGCACCUGACAUCAGGGAAUGGAUGAGGCGUUUGGGGUGGGGAGAGAUGGGCUCUUUUCCCCAGCUCUGGUCUGCUGAGUCAUCCUAAGCACUGAGUGGUGCCAUGCCAUUAUUCAUCAGUCCCAUGAAAAGGAGCCAAUCAGUUUCUUGUGCCUUGGGCCGCCUCAGAAGCUGCAUAAUCAGUUGAAGAAGGCACUAAAGUAAAGAAUACUAACUCUAAAGAUCGCCAAAACUUAACCAAGCCUGAAUAAUUUAAAUGACUGGAGUCAGGUCUGUGUUUUAGUCUGGACUUCUCUGUGUAUUUUUAGGUGAUAUCACAAUAAGUCACUUUAACUUUGAGUUUUAAUUUACCCAUUUAGAAAAUGGUCAUGGUUUUUGUUAUUUUUUUAAAAUAAUGUCACGUGCUUUUCAAAGAGUUUAGGACAUAAAUCCUUGUGCUCUUACUCCCUUUUUUGCCCCAAAUUUCCCAUGCUUCUCAUUUAUUCUUUACUUCAUUUAUUCAAUAAAUAUCUACACAAGUGUCUAUUGGAUGCCUACUCUAUACCAGCCUGGGUUACAGGAGAGAAUCAAAGAGUCAGAACUCCUUUCCUUUAUUGAGACAGCAUUACAGCAAAUGGGUUUAGUACAGCAUAACUAUAGGGGCACCAUUUUCUCUGUUCUAAGUUAGGAGGAGAGAGGGAAACGUUUUCAUUUAUCAGGUGGUGAUAAGUGAUAGCAUAAAAAAAGAAGAUCAGGAAAGAAAAAGAGGAGAGGGGCUGCAUAAUUUUAAAUAAGGUGGAUAAAAAGAGCCAUUUUGGAGCCAAGAAUAAAACCAAUGAAGGACCAGAAAGAAGACCAUCCCAGGCAAGGAGA